AUGCACAGAAGAGAGGAGAUCACACUCUGGAGAAGCCUGGAGCGUCGGACUUGUGCUAACCCUGACCCUGACCCUGACCCUGCUCAGGUUGUGAUGGAGCCUUCACUGACAGGACCACAGCACACCUACACCGUAGCUAGCAUUAACACUCUGCUGGGUCUCCGCAGCAGUCGGGUCAGACAGCAGGACUACGACCAGGACCCGCUGGGACCUCAAACCAGCUCCGUACUUCAGCUAACGGCUGCUAACGCUACGACUGUCACCCGAAUCCGGCCAGAGCGGAAAUACGGGUUCUUUCAGUGUCACGAGGCUCUUUUCCCUGAGCUGUGUCUGCUAAUGCCGCUCUGUGCCAACAAGCCCACAUUAGUGUGGAGAAACUUUCAGCACAUUACCAACUACAGGAGACCAUCCUUCAUUUCUGAUGCUAAUCAUGGCCUUGCUGAGGAGCUAAAGAGACCACUGAGUCAUGCUCAGAAGGAUAUGAUAGUUUCUGAGAAAAACCUGAGAAAGAAGAUCAAUGUUCUGGACUCUGGUUUUACAAAGCACUUGGUGGAGGGGGCUGGAAGCUUCACCAGUGAUGACGACCUAUUAAACAUUAUUCAAGUGAGCCAGACAAACAAGUCCAGAGUGCUCCAAGAAACUCCCAUUGAAAGAGAGAUCCGGUUAUCUCAGGAACGUGAGGAGGAUCUGCGCCAGUCUCGAGGACUGAAGCACAGGAAAGAUCCUGGAGAAAUUGUUGAAAUCAAUACCAAACACAUGCAACUGCCACUGACACCUGUCAGACUCCAUCAGAAGAACAAAGUAAGUUUAAUCUCCUACAACACAUUCCAGAGGGAGAACCAGAUAAGUGAGAAACCUCUGCAAUGGGGACCACUCCAGGAACAAGAUAGCCCAGAUCCUCCACUGGAAACAGAGAAUAUAGGCAGAAACACUGACCCAGACGAUGAGAACAAGACAACAAAAGAAAGGACAGCAUCAGAGUCUGAAUCAGAUGUUGUAGUCCAGCCACCAUGUUGUCCUCACAAACAUCCUGAAGAAGUCUGGUUCUACCAAACAAACCCAACCAUGUCCUUUUCUACUACGAUGGACCAGGAAGCAUUAGAUUCAUCGAAGAAAAUGGAUUCUCCUAUUUCCCUAAUGCCAGCAAGUGUUCAUGAAACAUGUUCUCUGUCCUGGAGGAAGAGCCUAGAGUCCACUGGGCUGCAGUCCAGAGGAAAAAUCACUACAGAUUUUAUUGAGAAGGAGAUUGAAGAAGCUCUGAGACGGGAACAAGAGCUAAGGGAAUUAAGGGAAUCCAUAAAGAAAACUCAUCAACCACUAUUCUCACCAACUUCCCUGGCGGAACAAGCAUCCAACAUGGCUGUCAAGAUGUUCUACCCAGCAGUAGACACAGGUAUUUAAGUUGUUUCUGACAGUACCGGGUCUUCAAAAAUUGGUUUAUUUUUGUGGAUUACAAGUUCAAUCCUAACAACUAAUUUUAUGUCACUGCAUUUAGAUUUGCUGUUUGCAGUCUUUAAAUGGAUGGA